UCCACAAAUUUCGUUGCCCGCUCAAUUCUCGCUUCUUCGCUCAAUUCUCUCCCUCCUCGCAGCCAUUCAAUUCUCUCCAUUCUUCCUCUUAUUCUCCUCCAACAUUCAACCAGGACAAUGCUCAGCGCCUGAUCCAGUCUUUAGAGUGAAUUGGAGUCAUCAUUAGCUAAGAUAAGAUGAGUAGUGAAGGGAAGGUUCAUCCAGUGGCUUCCAAUGGAGAUUUGACCAAAAAGCCCUUCAAGAUCUUUGUGGGUUAUGAUCCACGUGAAGAUCUCGCAUAUGAGGUCUGCCGCCACUCAAUAUUGAAGCGAUCUUCAAUCCCUGUUGAGAUUGUACCAAUCAAACAAUCGGAGCUGAGGAAGAACGGCCUCUACUGGCGCGAAAGAGGGCAGUUUGAGAGCACCGAGUUUUCUUUCACUCGGUUCUUGACUCCACAUUUGUCCAACUAUGAUGGCUGGGCAAUGUUUGUGGAUUGUGAUUUUCUUUACCUCGCUGACAUUAAGGAACUCACAGAUUUGAUUGAUGAUAAGUAUGCUAUAAUGUGUGUCCAACAUGAUUAUACUCCAAAGGAGACGACAAAGAUGGAUGGGGCGGUGCAAACUGUGUACCCGAGGAAGAACUGGUCUUCCAUGGUCCUGUAUAACUCUGGCCAUCCCAAGAACAAGGUCCUGACACCCGAGGUUGUGAAUAAGGAAACAGGUGCUUUUCUUCAUAGGUUUCAGUGGCUUGAGGAUGAUGAUAUCGGAUCGAUCCCAUUUGUUUGGAACUUUCUUGAAGGACAUAACCAGGUUGUGGAAAAUGAUCCCUCAACUUUCCCCAAGUCGAUUCACUAUACUCGUGGAGGACCAUGGUUUGAGGCCUGGAAGCAUUGUGAGUUUGCAGACUUAUGGUUGAAGGAGAUGGAGGAGUACAACCAGGAAGCACAGAAGAAAGGUGUUGAGGUAAAGAGUGGAGAGUCUGUUGUUGUUGAACCUGGUACUACCUUAGUCCAUCUUUCACAGGCCUGUCUGGGUGAGGUCAAGAAAGGAAAGGGAAGUGAUUCUAUUUCACUCUUUGUGAAAAUCGGUGAUCAGAAGCUUGUUAUUGGACAUCUUUAUGCUGAAAAAAUACCUCAGUUAUAUUUUGAUCUUGUGUUUGAUAAAAAGUUUGUGCUAUCUCAUGAUGGGAAAAGUGGGAGUGUCCACAUCCAUGGAUAUAUUGCUAAUACAGGGACUUUCGUUACUGCUGAACCAAAGGUGAGUCUUGAGGAAGCUAAGAAUGAAAUUAAAUCCGAUCAUAAGGAUUCUAGUAGUGAUGAUGAUGAUGAUGAUGAUGAUGAUGAAGAGUUUGAUCAGGUCAAGAGUGUGGAAGAUGGCAGUGAAGAUGAUGAUCAAAGUAGUGAUGAUGAUGAUGAUAGUGAAGAAGAGCAUGAAGAGACUCCAAAUAAGGUCGAGGGGAGCAACAAGCGUGCUGCUGAGAGUAGUAAAACACCUGUUCAAAAGAAGGCAAAGUUUGUUACUCCCGAGAAAACUGGUGGCAAGAAAGGAGCUGUCCACACAGCAACUCCUUACCCUUCAAAACAGGCUGUGAAGAAACCUGCAAAUUCUGACCAGACAAAGCAGCAGAGUUCAAACUCUAGUGGCAUUGGUGCAUUCCGUUGCAACCCCUGCAACAGGUCGUUUAACUCAGAUGGUGCACUGCAAAGUCAUACAAAGGCAAAGCAUGGAGCUGCAAAGUAAAAGGUGUAGCAGAGUCAACCAUGAUGGUGUUUUGUGAUUGAUUACAGGAAGGAACAAGUUAGGUCGAGUACAUAUGAAGGGAGAGGAGGGCAUAACUACUUAUGUUGUUAAUAACUCAUUUUGGUCCUAUCAACUUUGGAUUGGAAUCUAUUGCAUAUCCAGGACACAUUUUCGUGUUUCACAUUGAGGCUAUUCUAUGGUUCAUGAUAUGUUCCCGAAUUCCCUCUGCAUUUUUCUGUUCCUUU